CUACAUCGCGCCCGAGAUUCUGCAAGAAUUAGAAUACGGGCCCUCAGUUGACUGGUGGGCGUUGGGUGUACUCAUGUAUGAGAUGAUGGCCGGACAGCCGCCGUUUGAGGCGGACAACGAGGAGGACCUCUUCGAGUCUAUCCUUCACGACGACGUCUUAUACCCGGUUUGGUUGACCAAAGAAGCCGUUUCUAUACUGAAAGGGUUUAUGACCAAAAACCCGGCGAAACGGUUGGGCUGUGUAGUGACACAGGGAGGCGAACAGGCGAUACUCAGUCACGCCUUCUUUAAAGACAUCGACUGGGAUGCCCUUCAGGCCAAGAAAGUCAGGACUCCUUUCCGACCAAAGAUUAAAACGAAACGAGACGUCAAUAACUUCGAUCAGGACUUCACGAAAGAGGAGCCAAUCCUGACGCCAGUGAACGCCGAAGUGUUGCGAUCCAUAAAU